CAGGAAUUUAGACAAUUAGACAGAUUUUUGAGGUUAUGUUGUGUGACGUGAUCUGAAAAAUUUAAACCUCAUUAUUUUUUAGUAAAAAUUACUUUGGAUGAGUAUGAGAAUUUAAAUAAAUUGACGACAAAAUGAGUCACGUUCAGACUAUUGGUUCGACAAACGAUACUGAUCCAAUCAAAGAAGAUUCUGAAGGAAAAGUUAGAGAAGUUGGCGGACAAGCUAUUUGGAGUUUAUCGUCUUGUAAACCAGGAUUUGGCGUUGAUCAACUGAGAGAUGAUUGCAUGGACACCUACUGGCAAUCAGAUGGACAAUUACCGCAUUUGGUAAACAUUCAGUUCCGUAGAAAAACCACUGUCAAAGAAAUUUGCAUCUACACGGACUAUAAAUUGGACGAAAGCUAUACACCAAGCAGAAUCUCUAUCCGCGCGGGCACCAACUUCAGCGAUCUGCAGGAGGUGGAAGUGACGGAUCUGACGGAGCCGACCGGCUGGGUGGUGAUGCCCGUCAAGGACAUUCACGAGCGGCCGAUCCGCACCUUCAUGAUCCAGAUAGCGGUGAUCAGCAACCACCAGAACGGCCGCGACACGCACAUGCGACAAAUCAAGGUCAACUCGCCGGCCGACUCGCGAGCGAUGCCCUUCCACGAGCAUGGACAGUUUGUCACCGUCGAUAUGCAGCAGUUCUGUCAUAUCAGGUGAACCCUUGUGUGUAUAGAUGAUUCGACAUAAUGUCAUAUUAGGUGAAAUUUUAUGUAUAUGACAUAAUGUUUUUGGACAUAAUGACGACCAUAUCAGAUGAACUGUUGUGUGAAUAGGUUGUGUCACAUAUUGACGAUCAUAGACAGUUUGAUAUCAUCGCAUCAAACUGUACCGUUUUAUAAUGUGAAAAGAAAGGUUGAAUAACUAUUGAGUGAUUUGACACAGUAUAUAAUUAGCAAUACUGCAAUCAGUAUUGCCAUAUCAGGUGAAAUGUUGUGUGUAUAGAGACCAGUCAGUGACUGCACUAUCAGAUUAACCCUUGAGUUUGUGGUGGCAUAAUGACGAUAAUUGACAGUUUGAUAUCAUCGCAUCAAACAGUACUACUUAAUAAGGUGAAAAGAACCAUUGAAAGAACUAAGGUUGAAGAACUAUUGAGUGAAGAUUUUACAUAGUAUAUUAUCAUAUGGAAUAUUAAAAUCAGUAUUGCAAUAUCAGGUGAACCAUGUGUAUGUUGACACAUACACUGUCGUGUAUGGUGACAUAAUGACGACCGUAAAUAGUUUUGUCUUUGUAUUCAAACAUUACUGUUCUAUAACGUGUAAUGAGAGAUUGUUGAGUAUUAAGUGGCGGUUUGAAACGGUUUAUUAGUCCACAAUAUUAUUCGACUUCAAUCAAUACUACCAUAUCAGGUGAACCAUGGUUACCAAUCAGUACUGCCAUAUCAAGUGAACUGUUGUUGUGAAAUGUGAAAAGAGAGGUUGGAAUAUUAUUUAUGCAUGCAGGCUGUUCACCUGAAGUCUGUGUACAUACUUCAGCUGGAAUCCCAUAUCAGUAUACUUGUCUGGUUCAGUGAAGAUAUUAUUCCCAUGAGCUCUAAUAGGACUAUUCCCACUCAUCCUUGCCAAGUGAGUAUGAAAAGUCUCAUUAAAACUUGAAGGAAUUAUAUCUGGUUCAGUGAAUAUAUUAUUCUCAUGCGCUCUAAUAGGACUAUUCCCACUCAUCCCGGCCAAGUGAGUAUGAAUUGCCUCAUUAGAACUCGAAGGAAUUAUAUCUUUACUGUACCGGACGCGUACAUCGAUUUACUGAUAUCAUGGGGGAAUCCAGCUUCAUGCAUCAAGAACACACGCCUUACACUUCUUAUCAGCUGAUGCUAUACUUAUUAUAUCUGUAUCUUACUAUAUCUCUACAUAUACAAAUAUAUAACAUUUUCAAGCGUUAAUAAUUGAACCUUUGAAAAAUAAUUAAUCAAAAUACAAGGGAAUGGAUGAAAUGAUUAAGGUAACAUAAAACUGAGUGAAAUAAUAGAGGCAAUAAAAGAAUGUUUAAAUAAAUUGCCGGCCGGGAUAACUGAGACGACUAAGGUGUUGCACCCUUCAUUUUGCUAGCGCUACCUGGUCGUGGGUUUGAAUCCGGCCGGUAGGCAUGGACGUUUGAUCUUCUCAUCAAUUCACCCAUUCACUUUUCAUUACCAACACACAAGCU